GCGUUCUGACUGGCCAGGGCCCUCUGCCAGGAGCCAGGAAACGUCUCCCACGAGUCGCAUUGCCCAGCGUGUCACGGGCUCAGCCUCCUUAUCCUAACGGCAAGGCUGCCUCCCCGGGAUGUAGAGAAGACACGGUUCAAUGUGCAGACCUUCUUCCUCUCCAGCAUCUCCACCCUCCAAUUCCAGGACAUCACUAGUACAGGUGAAAACAAAAGCCUGUCUCAGCGGCCAUAACUCUGCCAGCAGCACCUCAAAGCCAUUCAAAACGCCCAAAGACAAUCUACUUACCUCCAGCAGCAAACAGCACACAGUCUUUUCUGCGAAAGGAUCAAGGGACAAACCAUGCGUUCCGGUUCCUGUAGUCAGUUUAGAAAAAAUCCCUAACCUAGUGAAGGCAGAUGGUGCCAAUGUCAAAAUGAACUCUACAACCACUGCUGCGGUCACCGCCUGCUCCACCUCGUCCUCGGCCGUCUCCACCCCACCCUUAAUUAAGCCGGUCUUGAUGUCCAAGUCAGUGCCACCUUCCCCAGAGAAGAUCUUAAAUGGCAAAGGAAUUUUAUCCACCACAAUAGACAAGAAACACCAAAAUGGCACCAAAAACAACAACAAGCCUUACAGGAGACUUUCAGAGAGAGAAUUUGACCCAAAUAAACACUGUGGAGUAUUGGAUCCCGAGACAAAGAAACCUUGCACAAGAUCCCUCACCUGCAAGACACAUUCACUUAGCCAUCGGAGGGCAGUCCCGGGCCGGAAAAAGCAGUUUGACCUCCUUCUGGCGGAACACAAAGCCAAGUCCCGGGAAAAAGAAGUUAAAGAUAAAGAGCAUCUCCUGACUCCUACAAGGGAAGUACUUCCAAACCAGUGCGGGCCGGCGCAGGACUCUCUGCCAGGGUCUUCAGGGAGCUCUGCGCCAGAACCUAAAGUCGCAUCCCCUGCAAAAUCCAGGCCACCUAACUCAGUGCUUCCUAGACCAUCAUCUGCAAACAGCAUAAGCAGCAGCACAUCUUCAAAUCAUAGUGGCUACACUCCGGAACUCCCUCUGCCCCCAGCUGGAGGUGACCUCGCCAGCCGACUGUCGAGUGAUGAAGGGGAGAUGGACGGAGCCGACGAAUCCGAGAAGUUAGACUGUCAGUUCUCCACCCACCACCCCAGACCUCUUGCGUUUUGCUCAUUCGGGAGUCGCCUCAUGGGACGAGGGUACUAUGUGUUUGACAGAAGAUGGGAUCGUUUUCGAUUCGCACUAAACUCCAUGGUAGAAAAACACUUGAAUUCACAGAUGUGGAAGAAGAUCCCUCCUGCGGCAGAUAGCCCCAUGCCCUCGCCAGCAGCCCACAUCACCACCCCUGUUCCAGCAUCCGUUUUACAGCCUUUCAGCAACCCCAGUGCUGUGUAUCUUCCUUCAGCUCCCAUCAGCUCGAGACUCACCUCUUCUUACAUAAUGACAUCAGCCAUGCUCUCAAACGCAGCUUUUGUGACAUCGCCGGACCCAAGCGCCCUCAUGUCACACACCACAGCUUUCCCUCAUGUGGCUGCAACCCUCAGCAUCAUGGACUCAACCUUCAAGGCCCCAUCUGCCGUGUCCCCGAUACCAGCCGUCAUCCCUUCCCCAUCCCACAAGCCAUCCAAAACCAAAACCAGCAAAUCCUCAAAAGUCAAAGACCUGUCAGCCCGUAGCGACGAGUCUCCAAGUAACAAAAAGAGGAAGCCUCAGUCCUCGACUUCCUCCUCCUCCUCCUCCUCCUCAUUCUCCUUGCAGACAUCCCUCUCGUCUCCAUUGUCAGGGCCCCACAAAAAGAACUGUAUUUUGAAUGCCAGUUCAGCUUUGAACUCCUAUCAGGCGGGCCCUCCCUAUAACAGUCUGUCUGUGCACAACUCAAACAAUGGGGUGAGCCCACUCAGUGCCAAACUGGAGCCCUCAGGACGGACCUCACUGCCCGGCGGCCCCGCGGACAUAGGGAGACACAUGGGCGUGGUGGGCGGCAGCAGUGAGUCCUGUGCCCUCUCGGUGCCCUCCCUUGCAGGGGACCUCUCUCUGGCCUCACACAAUGCCGUGUCUUCUCUGCCCCUCUCUUUUGACAAAUCAGAAGGAAAAAAGCGUAAGAACUCGAGUUCUAGUAGCAAAGCCUGUAAAAUCACUAAAAUGCCUGGUAUGAAUAGCGUUCACAAAAAGAACCCACCCAGCCUUCUCGCACCGGUGCCCGAUCCCGUUAACAGCACCUCCUCUCGGCAGGUUGGGAAAAAUAGCAGCCUAGCUUUGUCACAAUCCAGCCCUUCAAGCCUAUCCAGCCCAGGACACAGCCGACAGAAGACCACAAACAGGACGGGCAGGAUAAGGACUCUUCCAUAACAGGACUAUGAAGCCACUUCCAAACCAAUGCCCGGCCACCCACUCCUACCCUAGGAGGCCUUGGGGGGGGCGGGGAUGAGGGCAGGGAGUGGGCAGUGGGGGUGUCCAUUUCCUGGGCCCUGCCUGUGGCUCUGGCCUGGCCUUUCUUCUUUUUUUAAUGACCAAUUUUUAGUUUUGGAGAAAAAGAAAAAGGCAAAAGAACGUGAAUUUGAGAUUUACAGAAAACAAUACCAGUGUUUUGUUUCCAUUGUCUUUCGUUUGCCACAUGUACACACCCUUCCAAGCUUGGGGUUACUCCUCCAGCUUCUGGUUCUGCUACUGCACCAUCGUUUUUGCUCCAGUCGUGAGAGCAGACAGUGCAGGAUGUCAGCUCCUGGUGGGCAUCGUCGGAAACUUAAACUUUAGCCCGCGCAGAACUCCUUUCCUUUCCUCUCCCGCCCGCCCGUCCCUCUCAGCCCUUCCUACCUGCCUCUCACUGGGUCCCCAAGGCCAUGAGAAAGAGCUGCCUCUCACAAGUUCCCCUCUAGACAGGGUGCUGGGAAGAGGGAGCUUUGCUGGGGAGCAGCCUGUGUUUGGGGAGCUGAGAGCAGAAGCGGGAGGGUGGGCCGAGGGCACUCAUCAGGUUUCUGAGGUGCCCCAGCAUGGUGGGAACCAGAUGCUAUGAGUGAAAGGGAGAAGAGCAGCCUUUUAAUGAUGCGGUUUCCCCAAUACCACUGUCCAGCUGUGCAGCUCAGAGAGGAUAUACUGGGUCAGUUCUAGAAUGGGCCUGGGAGCUGGCGGAAGCAGAAUGUAGGGAGGCGGGGUAGGGAAAGACAUCCCUCGAAAGACGAUGGGAACUGGGUGCCUGUGAUCCUCUGAGCUUGUUAGGAAUCCAUGCUGUAAAAUCCCUUCCUGAACACCGUGUACACAGGCCCAAAGUUGGGCAAGCCGGAGACGGAAGCAUCCCAGGGGAGAGGGUGCGAGACCCUUGGAAGCCACUCAGGAGGAGGCACGGUGCCCACAGCUGUGGAAGGUCUAGGCAAGAGGACAAAAAGCAGGGAGGGAAGGCAGGGUCUGGGGGAAAGCUUCCAUGGCGGGUAAGGAGUCAGAGCCCUGGUGAGACUAAAUACUAGCAGGGGCCUGCCCUGGGCCACGGGCCAUGAGUCAGCAUGUGCUGGGUUAUCAGAGGCCUCAACUCGGAUCCAGCCACCCCAGGAAGGAGUGGUAAGCCCAGCCACCGCCUGGUGAGGAAGAGCCAUUGGGAAGAGAGAAGCUGGAGCCCUGCAGCUAUGAACCUUCACACUGGAGUUUGGAAAGAACAGCAAUACUAAUAAGCUCUAAUCAGGAAUCAGUCAGGAAAGGAACUCAGUAUAAAAGAGAUGUUCUGUACUACUCAUCGUGUAACUUUGCAAACGACGUAAUGGCACAGAUACUAAGAGGUUUUGCUUUAUCCCUAAAUCAGAAAUUAAUGCCAGUUUCGCAGCUGACACAAACCUCAUCCCCACCCAAAACAAUGUUUUCUUUCCCAUCCCCCCAACCCAAAGAUCAGACUACUGUUCAGUUUCACCACACGAUUGGAUUUUACAAAGACGGGAGCAAAUGGAGUGAUUUGCAUCAAUGGAGUUGCACUGACAGUGUUUCUUAUAGGAUUACUAAACUUUUUAAUAAAAAUGAAGACUUUUUUUAAAAAAUCAUGAGUUGAUAUUAGGUACCAGGACAUUAGUUCAGAUGAUUUCAUUUUUAUUUCUACAGUGUUAAAAGUGCACUUAUAUGCUGGUUUAUUUACAUCUUGGGAAAAAAAGAGACUGCAAAUUGAAGGGAAGAUUGUUACUUUUUUUUAAAAAAAAAAAGGUUAAGGCAGAUUUUAAGACGUAUAAAUGUUUAAGAAAUUAUAAACAAGGUUAGACCCUUUGAAAAAAAGUUUAGAAGAUAUUCUUAAAGUAAAUUUUUAUAGUGUUAAUUUUGUAAUAAUUUAUGUUUUACUAUAUUACAGAGCUAACUGACCAGAAUAGUUUCAGAACAAUAUGAAACUUAGGAAAGUUUAAGCAAUGUUUAUAUUUUUAAAAUGUCCUUUGAAUUAUGUUUUUAUUGUACAUUUCUUCAAACUGAAAAGUAUGUACAUAUCUUUGUUAUUUUUGCACAAUUUUUGUCUUGUUCGGUUUUAGAAGUCUGUUUUUUAUAAUUUAUUUUGAGUUGUAAAACUUGCAGGAGUAAAAACAAACAAACAAACAAAUCUCAGCAACAGAAUAACCCUCUGAUUUAUAAACUCUUACAUUCAAAGAGGGAAAACAAAGGUUGAGAGAUUAAGUGGCUGCUUCUGAACAUAAUGUCUCGACAGGGACGGAAGGAGCGAUUGGAUAGUAGGUUUAAACAUUUUAGCUCUCUGCAUCUUGAAUUGCAAGCUGGAAUAAAGAGGGCCCCCCACCGAAUGCUGCUGACUUGGUGAAAGACUGGCUCUGACCAAGGUGAGGACUUUUCUGGAAAACUGAGCAAAAAGGGAAAACCCACAGUGUUUCUUCCUUCACAAUCAACCACAGGUUUACUUUAUAAUGAUGUAUUCAAAACUUACAGCUUGAAAAAUGGAAUGCAAAUAAGAUUUCCUUUGGGUUUGUUUUAAUGGAGUUCAACUGGACCCGCCUACAAAGCACUAUUAGGGUGAUAUCCUUUAGGUACUUCUUUUCUGCCCACCCCACUAAGCCCUCUCUCCCAGCCCCCUGACUGCACACACCCUCAUUUGCCUGAAGAUCUCGUGACUUGUCGCCAGCCACGGAGGCUCGAAAGCUCUGGUUGUUAAGCAUAACGCAAUGCAUAGACCUGUCAGCCAUAAAAACAAAGCGACUUGGAUAACUUGUAUGCCUUCUUUUGUAUCAAUGUACCAAUUGUAAAUAACGCUGAUCAACCUUUGUAGAGAAUAGUUUAUACAGCAUAUUCUAUUAUUGCUGAUUCUCAGUGAACUCUUGUUUUAAAAAAGGAAAAAAGAAAUUUUCUAUUUACACCUUCUAUUUUGUUAUUAUGCUGUUGGCCCAUGGCACUUUAACAAAACUCUGUGGGUUUUACGUAGCUGGUCAGUCAUGGGGUAUAUUAAAUAACUGUUGCACAGACAAGAAUUUGCACCUGCUCAUUUGUCCUUUCCUACUACCGAUUUUAGAACCUUUUCCAGAAGAAUUUUGAAGAAAGCAUGUCCAAACAUUCUAAACAAAUGCCACACUUGUGGAGUGGGUUUCUUUUCUACGAUCCAUAUUUUGUAACACUAAAUAUUUUCCUUCUUUGUCCCGCACCUUUAUGUAUUAGCACUAUCAGAUAGAAUUCAUUCCAUGCCUGUGAUAUUGUAAGCAGAAUAAAUGUCUAAAGUAGGUGUAAAUAGUAAAUUCUAUGGCUUACAGUUUUAAAAAGGAAAGAACAAACGUGUAUCUAUGGAUACUGCCAUGGUGCAGCACCAGGCCUGGAGACAUUCUCCAGUGAG